UCACAUGACCACUGUGUGAUGUCAUUAAGGUCCCUUAUCUGGGUAGGAAGGAGUAUCCAGCAAGGAGAAAAGUAAGGACGAGGUCACAUGUCACAGAUGGCCCAGAGGUUAGUUUUAAAACGUUUCCUUUCCUUGCCUGGAAGACGUCUAACCAGUCAAGUACAAUCUUUCUCCAGCGUAUCUGUAAAAUGCACACGAACCCAUGUUCCACGUUUCCCCCCUUCCCGGUCUACUGAAUUUACCACUGCUCGUCAGAUUUAUACUUCGUCCCCAUGCAGAGUAACGUUCAGUGUUCAGAAUAAAGAUGACUUUCAGGAACGGGUUAUUGAAAGUGAGGUUCCAGUGGUGGUGGAUUUCCAUGCUCAGUGGUGUGGUCCUUGUAAGCUAUUGGCUCCUCGAUUAGAGAAAGCAGUUGCCAAGCACCAGGGAAAGGUGUUAAUGGCAAAGGUGGAUAUAGAUGAUAAUACAGACCUUGCUCUUGAGUAUGAGGUCAGCGCUGUGCCAACAGUUCUUGCCAUGAAGAAUGGCAGUGUUGUGGAUCAGUUUGUGGGAGUCAAAGAUGAAGAUCAGGUUGAAGCGUUUCUCAAUAAGCUUAUUGGGCCAUGUCCUUCGUAAAAAGUGUGAAGUCGAAAACCCUCGAAUAACUGUGAUCCAAAAAUCCAGGGACAGCACCAACUUUAAUGUGACAUAAUGCUCCUCUUAGUCUCUUUGCCCUAUGUUCUUGUAUUCACUGUACUAUGUCCAUUUUGAAUUUGAUUUCUAGAGAGAAUUAAGUUAAUGCUGUAAAAUAAAAUGUAUAGUACAUUAUUACUC